AUGCUGCGCUUGUCGCCGCUACUCCCGCUGCUGCUUAUGCUGCCGCCGCUGGUCCCCAGCCUCGGGCUCCGGGACGCGGGCGGUCGGCACCCGGAGUGCAGUCCGUGCCGCUCAGAGAACUGCCCCGCGCCCGUGCGCUGCCCUGAGCCUGGGAUCGUUGCGCGCGACGAGUGCGGCUGCUGCGCGCGCUGCCUGGGCGCGGAGGGCGCCAGCUGCGGGGGGCGGGCAGGCGCGCGCUGCGGCCCCGGCCUGGUGUGCGCCAGCCGGGCCGCAGGGGCGGCGCCCGAGGGCACCGGGCUCUGCGUGUGUGCUCAGCGCGGUCCCGUCUGUGGCUCCGACGGCCGCUCCUACCCCAGUGUAUGUGCGCUUCGUUUGCGCGCCAGGCACGCGCUCCGCGCGCACUCCAGCCACCUUCAUAAGGCACGCGACGGCCCCUGCGAGUUUGCUCCUGCAGUCAUCCUGCCACCCCGGAGUGUUCACAAUGUCACUGGGGCACAGGCAUACCUGUCCUGUGAGGUGAGGGCCGUGCCCACCCCAACCAUCACAUGGAGGAAGGUCACACACUCCCCUGAUGGAACUGAGGUGCUGGAGGAGUUACCUGGGGACCAUGCCAAUAUAGCUGUCCAGGUGCGAGCUUCCAACCAUGAGGCCACAGCCUGGAUUUUGAUCAACCCUCUGAAAAAGGAAGACGAAGGAGUGUACCAGUGUCAUGCGACCAACAUGGUCGGGGAGGCCAGGUCCCACGGCACAGUGACCGUCCUGGAUCUGAAUAGAUACAGAAGCUCCCUCUCCCCCGCUCCAGCAGGCCUCCUGUGAUGGGGGUCUCCGAGACAUUGAUCACGGGAUGAUGGCGAAGUCGAGUCCCGGAUCUUGUUGUUUGGGAAGACUAAGGAAAAAACUGUGUCUGUAGAUAACCCCUUUUGUAUGUUUUUUAAAAUUGGAUGCAAACUAGAUUCAUAUGCAGAUGUAGUUUUUAGCAGGGCAGACAGUGGGGAAACAGAGGUGCAUGUUGCUUUUUUUACACUUUGGGAAUGAAUCCUUUUGUAACUGUUCCCUCCCAGGAAAAAGCACAUAGUAUUUGUCAUUCUAAAGGGCUCACAACAAGGCAUGUGCCCACUGUGACUCUUUACCUCGGAGUCUAUGACUGAUAAGUGGGCACUCUGUGACUUAAUGUGUGAUAAGAAGGAGAGAAGAGGGCCCUGGCUCUCCUUGGCCUGCUGUGUGACCUGAACAGGUCCUUUCCCCUCUCUGGACCUUGGUCUCUCCACCUGUGAUUGUGGCAUUUGGACUAGAUAUUACUUACCAGGGCCCCUUCUAGCCCUUCCAUCUUAGAGCAAGAUGGUCCCAUGCAAAAAAAAAAAAAAUAUAGAGAGAUAGAUAGAAGUAUAGUCCUCGCAUGUUUUUUAAGAUAAUGUUCCUUCAAAAACAAAUCAUGGCCUCAUAACAGAGUGUGCUCAUGCAGAUGAAUGACGUACAGCUGUCACGGCUCUCCUCCUCCUGCCUUUUUCCAAUUCUAAGUAGACUUAGUCCUAGAUGGACAGUCUUCUGGACUCAGAAGCCCCUUGGCUGGUGUUUGGGGACCAAGCCAUCCACUUGUUAGCCCAUCCCUCCCUAAGUAGGUGGCAGUGCAGGCCUGGCUUCUAACCUCACCUUGUUGAAAGGGGGCCGGGUCAGCUCUGGCCUGUGGAGUCACGGUGAAGUACAACACAUUUUACUUAGAGACGUGUUGACCUCCCUCAAGGAUAAAGCUUUUUUUUUCCUUAUGAAAAAAGGGGAAUAUUUACUAUCUGGUCCAAAACAGUAUAUUUCUAGGUGAUUACAAUUUCUGAACAUGAGAAUUUGGAUCUCCCACUGUGGACAGCCCUUCAAGUCCAUGAAACACCUUCCCACCCAUGAUCCUGACCCUAGGAGGGUAAGCAGGGCAGAAAUUAAAGGUCCCGCCCCUGUUACAGACAAAGACACACCGGAUCCUAGGAGGGAAGCUUCUGGAAACCAGAUGAGUGAUUUUCAAACUUUGCAACAUCGGGACCCCUUCUUUGAAUGAAGUCAGAUUUGAAGUUGAUUGAAUUGGCUGCUAUUGGCUAUGGGGUGUUGGAGCUGCCAAGGGACCUGCUCACAUCCCCUCCCCACUGGGCACCUCCUGCCCGUCUCCCCUCCUUGCACUGUGACUAGGGUCUGCCAUUGAUUCCCUAUGAACUGUGUGGCUGAGAGAUGACUCAGCCAGACACUUAGUGAGAUUAUGUCAGAAGAAAUAGGGACACAGUGGCUCCGGAGAGGUAGCCCAACCAUAUCAUGCACCUAACAACACGCACAUUCUGCAAAAUCAGAUGAAUCACCUCAAAUUUGCCUUGUCAAAAUUAGACAGCAGGAUCUAGACCCAGAAAAUAGGGCAGAUGGAGCCCCAUGGUGGAAGCCAAGUAUCCUGACCGCAUGGGGCUGGAUUUAACAUAUAUCUACGUGCAAACAUAAAUAAAAUAAUAAAUGCUGUAUUGUCCGAAAUUUUCACCAGGACCCAAAAAGCAGAUUAACAUAAUUUUCCAACUUAAUGGCUUGUCACCUGGGAGAGCCCAGACCUCUUCUCAGACCUAGAACGUGAAGCAUGAUCCCCUCCCCCAGCCCUCCUGUCAAGCCUGUCUUCUACCCAUAUUUUCAUAGAUGCCAUGAUGUCCCAAUUCCUGCACACUGAAAAUAAAUGUU